AUGGAUUCCAGACAGUCUUAUGCAUCUCUGGUGAGGGGCGUUCACUCUUUUGACUUCACUGGAGAGUUCUAUCCUGAUGAAUUGCUGCUCAUAGGAGACAAAGCUUUCCCAGUGCUUGUGAGUAAUAGUGGGCAAGUGCUGAUUGCCUCUUCCCAGUAUGGGAAGGGCCGAAUGAUAGUUGUUUCACACGAAGACAUCCUGAAACAUCCCCAGUUCUUGCCAUUCAUUAAAAAUGCUUUGCAGUGGCUCAAGCCCAACCAAGCAGCCCAGGUAGGUGUUGACGGCAGCUUGGAUGCCCUGUCCCAAAUGCUCCUCCGUGACGGCAUGAAAGUGCAGCAAGAUGCAACGCUGGGAACUAAGCUAGGAGUCUUUUGCACAGAUGCUUAUAAUGAGCUGCAUGCUGAUGAUCUUGUGCAGUUUGUAAAGAGAGGUGGGGGUCUGCUUAUUGGAGGGCAAGCCUGGAAUUGGGCAAAUCAACAUGGAAUGAAGAAAGUGCUUCGUGGGUUUCCUGGCAACUGGGUGACUAGCGUGGCUGGUGUUUACUUCACGGGCAAUGUGGGAGAGAAGGGAACUUUCACAGUGUCCCAAGAAAUGCCGAGGAUUCCACUAAUCACCAAGUAUGAAAUCGACACCCAAAGCGAUAUAAAGGCUAUUCUAAAAGGUAUAUCAAAGUUCGAUUUGCCUGAUAUUGUUCCAUCUCAGCUCCUAAUUCAUGGAACACUAGCAUUCCCAAUUGGCACAGAUGACUCUCAUCAAGCAUUGCUGGCUGCUGCUUAUUACGGCAGGGGACGUGUCAUUGUAACUUCUCAUGAAAAUGAAUUUACUAUAUCACCAAUGAAAACUUUUGUUCUCAAUGCAAUUGACUGGCUCAGCUCUGGAAAGGGAGGGAAGGUUGGUGUGGGAGAUGACCUCCAGGAUCUUUACUCCAUGUUAGAGCAAGCAAAUAUCCCAUGUGAAUUAACAUCACUUAAAGAUGGCCUAAGUGUGUAUUGCUGUACUGCAUAUAGUGACAGAGAAGUGGAAAAAAUUCAAGAGUUUGUAUCUGAAGGAGGUGGCCUUCUUAUUGGGGGACAAGCAUGGUCAUGGGCUGCUGAAAACACAGCUUCCAGUGCCAUUGCUGAAUAUCCAGGGAACAAGAUACUGAACAAGUUUGGAAUUGGAAUCCUUGAGAAAGUCCUUGAUGUAUCUGAUCAGAGCUAUCCAGUUGACUCAACCACAGAUGUUGGUUCAUCUUACCACUUCCGAAAGGCAUUGUUUCAAUUCAAGCAACACAUUAGGAACCAACAAGCUCUAACAUCACCAUAUUCCUCAUGGGUUCAAAAGUUAGCACAAGAUACUGCAGAAUUCAUAAAGAUCCCAGCCAACAAUUCUCCUCUCUUCUUCUCUGUGGAUGAAGAUCUGAUGGAACUGAUCAAGCAGAGUGGAAUUCCUGAUGUCAGUGAAAGCAGUCCCAUCAAAUCCAAUUCAGACAAAGCAUUUUUAAUUUUCCUGUCAUCAGAGCUCUACAACACUUUUCCAGAGUUUCAGAGGCUGGUGCCCAAGCUGAAUCAACAUCUUGGAACACAUUAUCCAAUAUCCCCACCUCAGAUUAUUUCAAUAAAUGGAAAAAACAAUGGCAUGGAAGCAUGGAGAAGCACUGGCCUCUACCUUCCUCCAGGGAAAACUGCCACUCUGCUAUUUCCAUCCAGUGUCAUCAAUGCAAAUUUACAGGUACAGAUUGGCUGUCACUCUGAUGACCUCAGUGAUGCUGAGGAAUUGAAGCGUGCUCCAGUGGUGAUAAGACGAUUUGACGUUAAGACUCACCGGAUGGAAGUCUCCAACCUGUGGGGUGGUCUCUUGUAUAUUAUUGUGCCAGAGAAAUCCUCAAUGGGCCACAUCUCUAUCACCAUAGAAGGAGCUGUCAAAGCACCUUAUUUUAAGCAUGGUCAAACCAGCCUAUCUGACUGGCAGAAUACCAUCCGCCACUCUACUGUUCCCUGGACUGAACUAGAAACGGAGAACAUCAUUUUGACAGUGCCCACAGAUGAAGCGCGAAAUAUAAACAACCCAGACAUUCUCCUCACCAUCUGGGAUAAUAUGAUGUCAGCAGUGGCCAAAUUAGCAUCCAUCCCUCAUGUGUUCCCCAGGCCAGAGAGAAUUGUGGCUGAUGUUCAGAUAUCAGUGGGCUGGAUGCAUGCUGGUUAUCCAGUCAUGCUUCACUUGGAGUCAGUGCAAGAGAUGACAGAUGUGCAGUCCAUCCGUGACAAAGGUCUAUGGGGCCCCAUUCAUGAGCUGGGUCACAAUCAGCAACAGAGUGCAUGGGAAUUUCCACCCCAUACAACUGAAGCCACUUGCAAUCUCUGGUCUGUUUAUGUAAAUGAGACAGUACUGCACAUCCCGAGAGAAAGGGCCCAUGAAGACCUUGCACCAGAACUCAGAAAGGAGAGGAUAGAAAAUUAUGUUCAGAAUGGUAAACUGGAAGACUUUGAGGCAUUUACUGCUCUGGAGCCCUAUUUACAGCUGCAGGAGGCAUUUGGAUGGGAGCCCUACAUGCACAUCUUUGCUGAGUAUCAAAAAAUGACCCAAAUCCCAGAAGAUAAUGAAUCUAAGAUGAAUCUAUGGGCAGAGAAGUUCUCUCAACAAGUGAAGAAAAAUCUGGCCCCUUUCUUUAAAGCCUGGAAGUGGCCUAUUAAGGAUGAACUUUCUCAGAAGUUGUCCAGAUCCUUCCCUGCAUGGACUGAGAACCCAUGUCUCCAUAGGGAACUAGAUGUGACAGAGAUGACAGAUUGA